AUGUUAAGGCCUCUUCAAUUCCUAAGUCGACAAACAUCGGUCUCAAUCCGGCGCAUCACCACAGAAAAACGUUUCGACGUGCAGCAAAGCCGCCUCCAACACAGCAUGGCAGACACCAAGAACACCACCAAUGCAAGUCCUGCCCCUGAACAGGGCGCUGGGGAAGAGCAGAAUAAGCCCAUUCUUCCACUACCACCAGCGUCUGAUCAACCCACCAGUCCGGACGGGGUAAAGCAGCUCAACGCCCAGGGCGGCUCAGUGUCAUUCGACCACCUUGGACCAAUAGUCGUAAAUCAAGACGGGACCAUGUCUAGGAUAGCCAACUGGCCCAACAUGACGGAGAUAGAGCGCGAAAAUACCAUUCGUAUCUUGGGCAAACGCAAUCAGCUUAGGAUGGCAGAGCUUCGGAAAGCAGCCGAAGCUACAGAGAAGGCGGGUGAUGGGGAGGCGAAGAACUAA